UUCGCACCCAUUUUCAAAAGUUAAGAUAUUUCUUUUUUUCCUUGUUUGUAUUUUUCUUUAUUCACGUCACUUUCACUUUGACAGCGACCGGCCGUCCCGGUCGCGGUCGUUGGCCUCUCCCUCCAUCGGAUCUGCUCCAUGGCACGGCGCGGCAGUGUGCGUGCGGCGCGUGUGUUUCAGUCGGACGGCGGCUCGCAAGGAGGCAGUACGGGAGACCUCUUCAGCCGACACUUUCUCUCUCACUCGGCGUCUGCGGGCGUCAACUUGUUACCGAGGGUCGGCAGCGCGGUGCAGUCGGAAUAUGCUCAGAUCGUGAACGACGACGACACUCCCUCUUCCUAGCUUCACGCGGUCAUGCUCGCGGCGAUUGGGCGACCAGUUUAGUCGACGUUUAUCUUGCGGUAGGAAGGGGGACGGACCUUCGCCGCCCUCUUUAACGCACAUACCCGCCAGGUUGGGGCUUUGCGGCUGGCGCGGCUUUCUUCAGUCGAGGUGCAGGAGCAUGUCACCCGCCUGGCUUGUCGUGACAUUCUCGCUACUCUUCGGAGGCUUGGAGGGAGCGGAGAUGGCGCUCCCGCCCGCCUUCCUCCAGAAGGUCCGCCAGCAAGCUGGCCCCAGCGCCGAGUACCCCGAGGACGCCGCGCCGGGCCUGCGGGACGGGGAGCACUUCGACGUCGUGGUGGUGGGGGCCGGAGCCUCGGGGGCGGCCGUGGCGGCCCGGCUCGCCGCGGCCCGCCCCGACUGGAAGGUGCUCGCCAUGGAGGCUGGCGGCGACCCGCCCGUCGAGGCGGAGAUACCGGGACUGUGGUUCCGUCUAUGGCAGCAGGGCCUGAUCUAUGGAUACCAGUCGGAGCCGCGCAAAGACGCGUUCCAGGGUAUGAAGGGCAACUCCACGUCUAUGAUACGGGGCAAGGUACUCGGGGGUACGAGCACCAUCAACGGCAUGCCCUACCUACGCGGCCAUCCCGGGGACUACGACGCAUGGGGCAUCGACGGCUGGAGCUUCAAGGACGUGCUGCCAUUCUUCAAGCGGUCCGAGGACAUGCGCGCCGAGGGUGAGCCCGACCUGCACGGCGUGGGCGGCGAGAUGACGGUGGAGGCCGCGGCGGGCGACCGCGCCGACCCCCUGAAGGCCGUGAUCCGCUGCGCGGUGCGCGAGCUGGGACUGUCGGAGGUCGAGGACCUUAGCGGCCCCGGACCCGGCCCGCUGGGCUGGGGGGACCCGCCCCGGACGCAACGGGACGGCCUCCGCUGCGGCAGCGCCAAGGCCUUCCUUAGCAAGGCCUCGCCCGCGGGCCUCGCGCCCAACCUCCGCAUAGCGAGGCACUGCGUUGCCACCCGGCUGCGGUUCGACGCUGGCCGCGUGUCGGCGGUGGAGGCCGUCGUAGGCGCCGACCGGAAGCCCGUCGUGGUGCACGUCGACAAGGAGGUGGUGCUGAGCGCCGGCGCCAUGGAGACCCCCAAGCUGCUGCUGCUCUCGGGCGUGGGCCCGUGCGCCGACCUCGAGGCCCUCGGGGUGCCUGUCGUCGCGGACCUGCCCGUGGGCAAGGGGCUUCAGGACCACGCCAUGUUCCCGGGCAUCGUGUUCACAGUGCCGCCCGCACAACCACAGACUGCGGACCCGCUGACGGCCUUCCUGGAGGAGCGCAGCGGCCCGCUGGCCAACAUCGGCCUCAUGGAGCUCAUGGGCUUCACGCGCACGCCCUCCACCAAGCACUGGGCCGUGCCCAGUGUCCAGUUCAACCACGUGCGCUACCCGAAGGGCAUGUACCAGAGCAAGACGCUCACAGACGAGAUGGAGCAGGCCAUCAAGCGCAUUAACGAGGACGCCGACAUCCUGGUGGUUAUGCCGUUCCUGCUGCACCCGGGGCGGGCGGGGCGAAUCUCGCUGCGCUCCACCAACCCGGCCGACCCGCCGCUGUUCGAGUCCGGUCUGCUGGCAGACCCGCGCGACGUGCACACCCUCGUGGAGGCCAUCAGGAUAGUGGAGCAGAUGGCACAGACCAAGAGUUUCCAGGAGGCAGGCGUCACCCUGCGCUUCGUGGAGCUGCCGGGCGACGAGGCCGACGGCGUGGUUCCCGGCUCGACGCGCUACUGGGAACGGCUCGUGCGCGAGCUCGCGGGCUCCGCCUUUCACCCGGUCGCCACCUGUCCGCUGGGCGACGUCCUCGACGGCCGCCUCAGGGUGCGCGGUGUCCGCGGCCUGCGGGUCGGGGACGCGGCCGCCAUGCCCACGCCAGUCAGCGGCAACCCGAACGCCCCCGCCAUCAUGGUCGGCGAGCGCGUCGCCCAGUUCAUCAUCGAGGACCACCAAGACAAAUAAAAAGAAAUCACGCAA